GGCCGGGCACAUGGCUCGAGCCGCGACAGCUCUGCUCCAUGCCAAUUUGUCACCCGCUGCACUUGCGCCCGCCCAUCCAAGCUCAUGCUCAGCUCCUCCGCCCUCCCGUCAAAAUAAAUACCAGCGAGCGAGCAAGCCCCCACCGCCGCACGCAGUCACCGCUGCCGUCGCCGUACACGAACAAGAGAUACUAGCAGCAGCAGUCCCGCAGCCGGCAAGGCAGUAGAGUAAAGCAAAGCAAAGUUGCCAGGACAGGAUGCGUGCACGGGUGGCCUUGGCAUCGGCCGCGGCGGUGCUGCUGCUGCUGGUCCUGGUGGACGGCGGCGCCUGCGCCAUGUACAAGGUGGGCGACCUCGACGCCUGGGGCGUGCCGCCGCCCUCCAAGCCCGACGUCUACAAGCGCUGGGCCAAGUCCAUCCACCUCGCGCUCGGCGACUCCAUCUGGUUCCUCUACCCGCCCAGCCAGGACUCGGUGCUGCAGGUCACGCCGCAGGCCUUCGCCGCCUGCGACCUCUCGUCCCCCGUGCUCAAGCUCGCCGACGGCAACUCCCUCUUCAACCUCACCACGCCAGGCCGCGCCUACUUCACCAGCGGCGCGCCGGGGCACUGCCUCAAGGGCCAGAAGCUCUGGGUCGACGUGCCCAUGGCCAACGGCACAUACCUGCAGCCCUCCGCCAGCGACCUCGCCGCCCUCGCGCCCACGCCGGCGGCCCAGGCACCCGAGGGGUCCUCCCUGCAGGCCUCCGCUCCGGCAGGCGCCCACCCAUCGCCCGCGCUCCGGGCCGCCGCUGCGGCCGCUCUCUCCUUCGCCCUCCCUCUCCUGCUCCUGUGACAGUCGCACCUAAUUUUCCUUCUUUUGCGUUUGCGUUUUGAGAUCUUCUCCAUUGGGACCAAGUGAGUUGAGCUCUUGAUUGGGGGCAUUCCAUCGGAUGAUCAGACUGACCUUGGAUCUCCAUUUUUUUUUAUUAGUUUCUAUCUAGAUCUCUCUCUCCAUUACAUUGGAGUACAAUGCAAUGACAACAUGGAUCAUUUUGCAUCGAUCAA